GCCCCGCCCUCGCCGCAGCCCCCCGAGCGGUCGCCGCCUUUUGGGCCGCACUCCCGGCGUGCCCCGCACUCGCCGCCUCCCGGCCGCCCCUCCUUCCCUUCGCAGCGCCACACCGCCGGAGCCCGAGCCGCCGCCGCAGCCUCAGCCGCGGGCGCUAUGGCUUCUGGAGUUACAGUGAAUGAUGAAGUCAUCAAAGUUUUUAAUGAUAUGAAAGUAAGGAAAUCUUCUACACAAGAGGAGAUCAAAAAAAGAAAGAAAGCAGUUCUCUUCUGUUUAAGCGAUGACAAAAGACAAAUAAUUGUAGAGGAAGCAAAGCAGAUCUUGGUGGGUGACAUUGGUGAUACUGUAGAGGACCCCUACACAUCUUUUGUGAAGUUGCUACCUCUGAAUGAUUGCCGAUAUGCUUUGUACGAUGCCACAUACGAAACAAAAGAGUCUAAGAAAGAAGACCUAGUAUUUAUAUUCUGGGCUCCUGAAAGUGCACCUUUAAAAAGCAAGAUGAUUUAUGCUAGCUCUAAAGAUGCCAUUAAAAAGAAAUUUACAGGUAUUAAACAUGAGUGGCAAGUAAAUGGCUUGGAUGAUAUAAAGGACCGUUCAACACUUGGAGAGAAAUUGGGAGGCAACGUAGUAGUUUCACUUGAAGGAAAACCCUUAUAAAAUGAGAGUCAAGUGCCAUCUGGAUCUUAAGGAGCUUCCAUUUCUCCAGCUCAGUCAAUUGGAAUAGUAUUAGGUUUUUUUUUUUUUUUUUUUUCUUCCUCUUCCCACUGGGUCCUUCCAACACAAUGAAUGAAGGAAAUAUCAUUCAUGUAAGCAGCCUAUCAGUGAUUGCCAUUAGACUGUUUAAUACUGUUACUUUUAUGUAGAACCCAAGGAAUGCCUUCCCGUCAUAUUUUAGCCAAAACAACUGGUUAUAUGCCUCCCUUGCAGCAAGCAGUACAAUGAAUGUGAAUGUCAAUGUGAAUAGCUUAGAACACUACAAAGGGUUAAGCUAAUUGAAUGCCUUGAAAGUAUUAUCCACUGGUGAGAUGGUAAACUUUAUUCAGUAUUAUUUAUAGUUGCACUUGAUUGCAGUUCUGUGAGGCUUGAGCAUUCAUACACCUCACCUGCCUUGGCAAGCCUAUUUUUUGUGACAUGGCAGCACAGAUAUAAUACUAUGCAUUGAAAGCACUUUUUUUGUAAUGAGUUUAAUCCCCCACCCCAAAAGGAAUGCCAAUUAAGUUAACUGUGUCAUCAACUUAUCCUAGUACCUCAGUGUUCAUUCCUGUUACCUGUGUAUCUUCUUAAAAGAAAUAGCUGUUAUUAAUGCCUUUUUGUCUUCCAUUGAGUACACUACUGAAUAAGUGUAGGAGUUUUAUGUUUACCAUGUAAGUCUUGCGACACUAAAGAUAUUUUGAAUAUCAGUCAUGAUGGCAAUUUCUGUAUAAAAGAGCCUUAAAUGGAACAUUGUUUUUGAGAUCAAACCCCACCCUCACAAAAAUGGCCACGUUGCAAUAAAAAUUGUGGCAUAUUACAGAA